AUGAACUGUUAUGGUCUUCAGAAGAACGCCUUUGCAGCCUGUGAAGAGAUGAGAGGCUGUGUGAAUUUUGUUGAUAAGGAGUCUGUCAUUUGCCCUAAGCCACGCCGAGUUGGGGUUGUGUCUAACAUGCCUACAAGGCACUUGAGAUGGAAUUUAAAUCAGCAAGCCGAGGGCUCUGAUUCAAAAGGUGGGGCAGAGCUACUAGAGAUUAUGUUUAAGAAGGAGAGUCAUGGGAAGGAGUUUGCAAAUCAGGUAGCUUCAUCUCCUCCUCCAUUUUUUUGUGGAUCUCCUCCAGUUCGAGCUACGAAUCCCUUGGUCCAGGAUGCUCGAUUCAGAGAUGAAAAGCACAGUCCAGCAUUAACAACUUCAUCUUCAUCAGCUUUACUUUCUCCAUCUUCACGCAAAGGAGGGAGUGUUAGGAUGAGUUUUGGACUUAAACCAAGUACAGUUAGAGUAGAGGGAUUUGAUUGCCUCAACAGGGAUUGCCAGAAUUCUAGGAUCUCUGCUGUUGCUUAA